AUGAAAUGGUCUGUGACGUGCGCUGACCCUGGGAUCAUCUCCGUCCCCUCUAACGUCCCCGUGAACACAGUCAAACUCAGGCUGGAGAAAAUCCAGCUCUCCAAGCUCCCUCGGGCUGCCUUCUACAACCUGUCGGAGCUGCGAUUCCUGUGGCUGACCUACAGCGCCUUGACGACCGUGCACCCCAGCAGCUUUGUCAACCUGAAGACCCUGAGAGAGCUGCGUCUGUCCGGGAACCAGCUGAGCACCUUUCCCUGGGAGGGGCUGAGAGACAUGCCCCGGCUCCAGAUCCUCGACCUCCACAACAACCGUCUGUCCAGCCUCCCCGCGCAAUCCGCUCUCUUCCUGUCCAACGUCACCUACCUGGACCUUUCUAGUAACAGGCUGGGUCUGUUGCCUGCUGAGCUGCUGGACCUGUGGUUCCCCCUGCCCCAACAGCAGCAGACCACUGUCCCCAGGAGAGUUUUAGCUCUCCAUGACAACCCGUGGCUGUGUGACUGCCAGAUCUCCAUGGUGGCCUCUCUGUCGGUGUCCCUGGGCAGCUCGGUGGUGCUGGUGGACCCGGGGCUCAUGUGCCUGCGCUCGGUGGGUCAGGGAGGGGCUCUGCUGAUGCCUGUGCAGUGGUCCCGCUGCAUGAGGCCGUCUGUGCAGCCCACAGCCACCCGCGUGCUGUCUCCGCUGGGCAGCAACGUCAUCCUGCGCUGCGAGGCCACAGGAUACCCCACCCCCACACUCAGCUGGGUCAAGACCGCUGCACGCACAGACUGCUGCCAACAAGAGAUUCCACAGGACGCCGACCAGCUGCCAAAGAACCUGCAAAGCUUCAUGCAGGGCAGUCCUCGGGUCGGCGUGCGCUGGUCCAUCAUCAGCCUGAACGGUCUGACCUACAAGGACGCUGGAGAAUACCGCUGCCAGGCCAGAAACAUGGCCGGCAUAUCCGAGGCCCCCAUCAAACUCCGGAUAGUCGGACUCCGUCGAUCGAACAGACCACUGAAACCCCCCUCCUCUCCUAAACGCCUCACCCCAAAGUCUAACCGAAGACCGAGCCAGGUUCCUCUUCUCAACUCUACAUUACAAGACACAAAACUACAAAACUCCACAGCACUUAACAAGACUUUGACCUCUUCAAGCACGCCAAGAAUUAUUGAAAAGACAAAGCGACGCAAACUUAGACCACAGAAAGAAUUAGACAGUAAACCACCAAGCAACUCCACUCUACAGAGAGGCUUUCAAGUGGUGUAG